UUUACAGUGUGGAGAGUCUUUGCUCAUGCGUGAUGUGACUCCAGCAGCACUCCGGACUAUUUGCACACAGACAGACAGACAGCCUGUAGUGUGUCAGUGGAUGCGCAGCUCUCUGUGUGUGUGUGUGUGUCUGGAUCGAUACACCAGCAAUUAAUAAGCUCCAAUUAGUUCCCAUUAACCAGCCAGUCUGCUGCUGCUGCUGCUGCUUUCUCUCCCCGGACAUCAACCUCCUCUGCUGGGAUGAGUGAGUAAAGAAAGCCCUCCAGGCUCUUCACCCUCCUCACAGCACCUCAGAGGUGUCUCUCCUCUUCAGACAUGGACACGAUAGGGGUGUCUUUCCUGGACCCUCUGGAUGACUACGAGUUAAUUCACCGGAUUGGGUGUGGCACCUAUGGAGAUGUGUUCAAGGCUCGUUACAUCAAGACGUCUGAACUGGCAGCUAUCAAGAUUGUCAAGCUAGACCCUGGUGAUGACAUCACGUCCAUCCAGCAGGAGAUCACCAUGAUGAAGGAGUGCAAGCACAAAAACAUCGUGGCCUACUUCGGCAGCUACCACAGGAACACCAAGCUGUGGAUCUGCAUGGAGUACUGCGGUGGGGGGUCACUUCAGGAUAUCUACCACGUGACGGGCCCAUUAAAGGAGAAACAGAUUGCGUACGUGUGCAGAGAAACUCUCCAGGGUUUGUAUCACCUGCAUGAAACUGGCAAAAUGCACAGAGACAUAAAGGGAGCCAACAUCCUCUUGACAGAGAGAGGAGAUGUGAAACUGGCUGAUUUUGGAGUGGCAGCAGAGAUCAGUGCCUCCGUAGCCAAGAGGAAGUCUUUUAUAGGAACUCCGUACUGGAUGGCUCCAGAGGUGGCUGCAGUUGAGAAGAAGGGCGGCUACAACCACCUGUGUGACAUCUGGGCCGUCGGCAUCACCGCCAUCGAGCUGGCUGAGCUUCAGCCGCCCAUGUUUGACCUCCACCCAAUGAGAGCGCUGAUGUUGAUGUCCAAGAGCAACUUUCAACCUCCAAGACUAAAGGAUAAAACCAAAUGGUCAGCAGGUUUCCAGAGCUUUGUGAAGAUGUCUCUCAUUAAAAGCCCUCGUAAACGUCCCUCAGCUGAGACGCUGCUGCAGCAUCCGUUUGUGACUCAGCUCCUGACCCGUAACCUGGUCAUCGAGCUGCUGGACAUGGCCAACAACCCGGAGCUCCACACCAGCCACACACACAGCAUGGACGACAACGAGCUGGAGAUCGGGGAUGUGGCUCCAGACAAGAUUCAGUCAGCAGGGAAACACCUGCCUGUAGAGAGGACGCUGUCUGAAGAACAAUUCGACCAGGUGAAGUUUGGACCUCCGCUGAGGAAAGUCACUGAGCCGUAUCCUGCCCUGCAAGGCUCUUAUGAUGACGACUGGAGUCUGUCUGGAGAUGAAGACAACUCACCGAGCCUGUUGGAAUGUGUGGAGCAAGCUCUGCAGCUGAGGAGUUUAACCAUUAGGAGGGCGCCAUCUACUGAUGGAGGGAGGAAGAGUGGUUUGUACAGUCCGGCUACGGCCUCCCUGCCGGCCUUCAGCUCUUUAACAACUCCCAGCACCGAGGACAGCGAACUGACGUCGAGACCCAGCUGCACACUGGGCCCCGACGCUGCCGUCACCGACGCCGACUCCACCUCCACUACAGGUACAACACAAUCAGUGUUGGCCAGGUGCUCGGCCACUCAGGACAUCAGACAGCGCUGCAGUGAUCCGUGUCUGCUUGUGGGGGACCCUGCAACACCAGAGAAGAGGAAGGUAGCCUCUCCCAAAAGAGAGACACCGCUAUCACCUGAAUGGAGCACACUGAGGAAAAACACUGAGGACGCUAGGGCUGAUUGUCAUGGACUUCCUCCUACCCCUCAAGUCCAUAUGGGAGCCUGCUUCUCCAAAGUCUUCAACGGUUGUCCUCUUAAAAUCAACUGUGCUGUCACAUGGGUGUUACCCAAGACAAGAGAUCAGUACCUUAUUCUUGGGGCAGAGGAGGGCAUCUACACACUGAACCUUAAUGAACUUCAUGAAGAUACACUAGAGAAGCUGCUCCCUCAGCGAUGCACAUGGCUGUAUGUUAUGAACAACGUGCUGAUGUCUGUAUCAGGGAAGUCUUCCCAGCUUUACUCCCACAGUCUGGCGACUCUGUUUGACCAGAGAGGACACCUGCAGAAGAAACAAAGCAGUCUGUCGCUCAGCACCAGCCGCUUCACUGAGAGGAUCAGCUCCAGCCACAGAAAGUUUGCUGUAUCUGUGAAGAUCCCCGACACUAAAGGCUGUAGGAGGUGUAGUGUAGCCAGAAACCCGUACACAGACAGUACAUUUCUCUGCGGGGCAGUUCCCUCUGGCCUGGUUCUCCUAUUGUGGUAUGAGCCUCUGCAGAAGUUCAUGCAUCUAAAGCACAUACCGAUGAAGCUACCUGAGUCUCUGCCUAUAUUUGAGCUGCUGGUGUUGGUGUCGGAUGAGUUUCCCCAGCUGUGUGUCGGGGUGAGAGACUGUAGUAACGGGAAACGGCCGAUCAGCCAACAGCUCAAGUUUGAUAUCAUAGAGCUGAACAGCACGCCUAUUUCAGCACCAGAGAGCGGAGCACUCGGGGCAGUACAGGUAACCCAGAUGGACCGAGACACUGUUCUCAUCGCAUUAGAACAAACUGUAAAGAUAGUGAACCUCCGAGGGCUUCCAUCUAAAGAGCUGGCUGCUGAAAUGGUCUUUGACUUCCCCAUCGAAGCUCUAGUCUGCUUACAGGACAGUGUGCUGGCUUUCUGGAAGCACGGCCUGAAAGGGAGGAGCUUUCAAUCAAAUGAGGUGACACAAGAAAUUACAGACGAGAGUCGAGCAUUCAGAGUUUUGGGAACAAACAGAGACAUCAUCCUUCAGAGCACACCGACAGAUGAUCCCUCAGCACUGAGCAACCUGUACAUCCUGACCGGACAUGAAAGCAGCUACUGAGAGAAAAACGGCUCGACUUCUUCAAAAACUCACACUGAAGAAAGACAGAGAUCUGUUCUAAAACCUUUGACCUCCGUCACUGAAGCUGCAGCACCAACUGAUCACACCAUCUCUCUCAGCUGAAAGUGACUAAUGUCAGUAUGGACAAUUCUGUUGCUCUAACUGUAAGUUUUUGGGCAACAGGUGUACAAGAGAGACUCGUCAACAUGCUAAGUUUCUAACUCUCACAUCUGCUGAUCAAAGCUACGAAAGCCAAGAUUUUCAUGUAGAAACAAUUAAUCUCACCACCAGCGUAAAUCACAGUGUGACUGCAGCAGGGAAGACGGCUCCAUCCCCGAGAUCCACUGCUGUCAGUAUGGACCGUAGACCGUAGAAGAACAUGGACCUAACAUCAGUGACAGCACACAUAAGUUUCUGAACUGAUGUUUUGAAGCUUAUAUUAGGCCCUGUUCACACCUGGUAUUAACAUGCGUCCUCAGUGAUCACAAGUGGACAGCUCGAAGUACAGGUGUGAACGCACUCAAGACGCAUUGAGGACGCUUUGAGAUCUGAUCUUUCAGACCACAUUCAGAGGUGGUCUGGGCCACAUUAAGGACCGCCUACUCUUCUGACGUCCCGCUGGGAUCAGGGGGGGCUCUGAUCACAGACAGACUGAAAACAUCAGAAAAUUGUCCAAAAAAAGGCUGAUAAAUGUCCCAAAAAAAUGUUAAAAAGACCAAUAAAUGUCCAAAAAAGAUGUCUGAAAAAAUUUAAGAAAACAAAUUCCCAAAAAAUUACGAAAAAUAUCUGAAAACAAGCCGGAAAUUUUUUCUGAAGAUGUCAGAAAAAUAUCUGUAAAAACGUCUGAAUUAAGGCUGAUAAAAAGGCCAAAAAUUCCCCAAAAAAUGUCUGAAAAAAAGGCUGAAAAAUGUGUGAAAAAAUGUCAAAAAAAGGCAGAAAAAUU